AUGGAGACCCUGAAGAGCGUAGGAAAUCGAAAUUUAGAGAACGUUUUACCAAAAAUUGCAUUUGCUAAUCGGGAGACCCUGAAGAGCGUAGGAAAUCAAAAUUUAGAGAACGUUUUACCAAAAAUUGCAUUUGCUAAUCGAGAGACUCUGAAGAGCCUGGUGGAGAGGCUGCAAGAGGAGAAGAGGCUGGAACAGAUUCGAAGGAAGGAGAGAAACGAAGCGUACUUGUACAUGACUGUUAAUGUCCUCCUGGAGGACAACUUUAACGGGCACCAGGGCAACGAUCUCUACGACCCGGAACGGGCCCUAUAUCGUAUAUUUAGGGUCCGCAAACAGGCUACCUUGCACGAGUUUCUCGAGCUCCUCAGCGACAGCCUGAAAUACCCCAUAGAGCAGAUUCGCGUUUGGCCGUUUAGCCUGAGAUCCAACCAGACCUGCAGACCGACCUUGAUAGAGCCCGAAGCGGACUUCCAGAAGGCCAUGACGGACUGCGCGGAGAACAUGAACCCCUGGAACGUCUUCGUAGAGCUGGGCCCACCUGACUCCGGACUCUCGGCUCUGCCAUCAUUCGACAAGGACACCGACGUCCUCCUCUUCUUCAAGCUCUACGACCCGAAGAGCAAGAAGAUCCACUAUUGCGGCCAUCACUAUAUGCCAGUCGCUGCCAAAGUUCAGGAACUCGUGCCCAUCCUGAACGAGCGCGCCGGGUUCCCUCUGGACACGGAACUCGUGCUGUACGAGGAGAUCAAGCCCAACAUGGUGGAGAAAAUCGAGAGCCUUACCGAGCCCUUGGAGAAGGUCCUCGAGGAACUCAUGGAUGGGGAUAUCAUUGUUUUCCAGAAGGAGGAGAGGGACAACGAGAUGUAUGAACUACCUACGUGUCGGGAUUACUUCAAGGACCUGUUCUAUAGAAUGGAGGUGACCUUCUGCGACAAGACGAUACCGAACGAUCCAGGGUUCACCAUGGAGCUUUCCCAGAGGAUGACUUAUGACCAAAUAGCCAAAGCUGUCGCGCAGAGGGUCGGGACGGACCCCUACCUUCUGCAAUUCUUCAAAUGCCAAAACUACAAGGAAUCGCCCGGCCACCCGCUGAAGUGCACCUUCGAGGGGACCCUCAAGGACAUCGUCACUUUCUGCAAGCCAAAGACGAGGAAGAUCUUCUACCAGCAGCUCAGCAUCCGAGUUAACGAGCUGGAGAACAAGAAGCAGUUCAAGUGCACAUGGGUCGGUCCGUCCUUGAAGGAGGAGAAGGAGAUCAUCCUCUACCCUAACAAGAACGGCACCGUCGCCACGCUCCUCGAGGAGGCCAAGAAGCAGGUCGAGCUCUCGGAAAAUGGGUCCGGGAAGCUGAGGAUACUCGAGAUCAACAGCAAUCGACUGCUACCCGGCCCGAAGGACGACGUUCCCCUGGAAAAUCUCAACACCUCGGGCAACAAGAUGUACAGGAUAGAAGAGAUCCCCAAGGACGAGCUGGUCCUGGCCGACGACGAGAUGCUGAUCCCAGUCGCGCACUUCCACAAGGACGUCUUCUCCACCUUCGGCAUCCCCUUCCUGUUUAAAAUAAAACACGGCGAGCCCUUCGCGAAGAUGAAGGAGAGGCUUCUGAAGAAACUCGGCGUCCAGGAGAAGGAGUUCGAGAAGUUUGUCGUGGUCGCGGUGAGCAAGCCGCAGUUCAUCAUCGACGCCCCGGAGUACUGCAUCGAUCUCACGGACUUCAAAGUUAAUCCGAACCAGACCUAUCCACUUUUGAACGCAGGCACGGCGCAGCAGAGGCCUUGGCUCGGCCUGGACCACGUCAACAAAGCGCCAAAGCGGUCUCGCAUCAACUACCUCGAAAAGGCCAUUAAGAUAUACAACUAA